AUGGAAAACGCCAGUUCUGCACAUGAAACUGGAAACUCCACAGACAAGAGCACUGUGGAGAACAAGGGAUUUAUAAUCUUCCUUGCCUGCAUUUUCUUCACCCUUAUAGUGGGUCUCAUUGGAAAUGGGCUGGUCAUAUUUCUGGCAGGCUGCAGAAUGAAGAUAACUGUCAACUCCAUUUGGUUUCUGAAUUUGGCGAUUGCAGACUUCAUCUUUAUUUUAGUUUCAAUCAUAGAUCGUUCCUUAUGUGUCUUCCUGAUUUAUCUCAACAGCUGUCUGAACCCAUUUCUCUAUGUGUUCAUGUGUGAUGAUUAUAAGAAGAAGCUGAAACAGUCUCUGGUGCUGGUGCUGGAGACGGCUUUUGCUGAAGAUCAUCUGGACAUUAAAGAAAUGAGAAAGACACAAUAUGAUGAGCAAGAGAAGAAAACCACACUUGAAUUGCUAGAAAUGUAG